CGUUUCCAUACCGGCGUUUCAGUAUUCUCUUACCCCGUGGAGUAGAGACAUCGCUGGGGCUAUUUAUUUAUUUAUUGUAGUUUCUUUUAAAUUUUCCGAAGCCAAACAUGCUCGGCCUGUGCCUUUACGUCCCCGUGUCCAACUCAGACCCGGUUGAAGUGGAAUAUUUUGAAUCUAACGGACUGCCGUCGGAACUGAAGUCUCUCUUUAACCAACUGAGCGUGUUCCUACCGUCCCAGGAGUUUUCAACCUACCAAAGGUGGCGAAAGAAAACCUUAAAAAGGGAAGAAAAUAAUGCAGAUGGACAGCUGGACUUUGAGGAGUUUGUUCACUAUCUGCAGGACUAUGAGAAAGACCUGAAGCUUGUGGUGAAAAGUCUCAACAAGAAGAAUGCAGGCCACGUUGAUCCUAAGGAGUUCGUGCAGUCUCUUAAGGACCUCGGUGUGCAUAUUUCCACGCAGCAUGCGGAGAAAGCCCUUAAGAGCAUGGAUAAGAAUGGAAUGAUAACCAUCAGCAGUGAAGACUGGAGCAACUUCCCCUUGGUGGAGAAGACUGAGAACAUUCCCGAGAUCAUCCUCUACUGGAAACACUCCACGAUAUUCGAUGUAGGUGAGAACCUCAUGGUGCCUGAUGAGUUCACUGUAGAGGAGAAGCAGACUGGGAUGUUGUGGAGGCACUUGGUCGCCGGUGGAGGAGCUGGAGCUGUUUCAAGGACCUUCACCGCUCCCCUGGAUCGACUCAAAGUCAUGAUGCAGGUUUAUGGAUCUCGAACCAACAACAUGUGCAUCAUGAGCGGGAUGAUGCAGAUGAUCAAAGAGGGUGGUGUGAAGUCGCUGUGGCGCGGAAACGGUGUGAACAUCCUCAAAAUUGCCCCUGAGUCGGCCCUGAAGUUCAUGGCGUAUGAGCAGAUUAAACAACUAAUCUGCAGCGAAAAGGAGACUCUGAACAUCGUGGAGCGAUUUGUUGCCGGGUCUCUGGCCGGAGUGAUCGCCCAGAGCACAAUUUACCCCAUGGAGGUCCUGAAAACCCGUCUUGCUCUGAGGAAGACCGGGCAGUACUCUGGUAUCUUAAACUGUGCAAAGCAGAUUUUCAGGAAUGAAGGACUUGCAGCGUUUUAUAAGGGCUACGUCCCCAACAUGUUGGGCAUCAUCCCCUAUGCAGGCAUCGACCUGGCAGUGUACGAGACAUUAAAGAACCGCUACCUGCAGCAGUACGGCACCAACGACACCAACCCGGGCGUGGUCGUCCUGCUGGCCUGCGGCACGGUGUCCAGCACCUGCGGUCAGCUCGCCAGUUAUCCUCUGGCCCUGGUCCGCACCCGCAUGCAAGCACAAGCUGCGACAGGGGGCAACCAGCAGGUGACAAUGUCUGGUCUCUUCAAGCAGAUCUUGCAGACCGAGGGCCCGACAGGGCUCUACAGAGGCCUGGCCCCCAACUUUCUCAAAGUCAUACCCGCCGUCAGCAUUAGCUAUGUGGUGUAUGAGCACAUGAAGACACAGCUGGGAGUGAAAUCGCGCUGA